GUUUCUUCCCUUUGUCAUCGCUGUCUCUGACUUCCCUGUCUUUUUUGCUUCUCCGCCGUAUUCUCACUCUUUUCGCCGGAGCUUACUAAAGCAUCACACUUUGGUGAAAAAUUCUGAAAUUUAAAGCUCUGAUCUUUUUUCCAUUAGAGAAGUUUCGUUGGAUCUGAGAGAGUUCAAUUUAAGACGUAAAGUUACAACCUUUUUCGUUAUCACACGGCGGUGGGUUUUUUUAUUGAUGGUUUCCACGGCGGCUAGAACCUCCGGGGCAUUUGUUUGUAGAUGAUGAACGGUGAGGAUCGAAGUCGUUCUGGUGAUUAUUUCACAUGGAAUGGCAGAUCUUGUGUCCUUUAGUAAUGCUUCCGACAACAACGUUGAACAAGCAUUGAUUACAUUGAAGAAGGGUUCUCAGCUUUUGAAGUAUGGUCGCAAAGGAAAGCCAAAGUUUUAUCCUUUUAGACUGUCUAGUGAUGAAAAGUCUUUGAUCUGGAUAUCGAGUAGCGGUGAAAAGCGACUUAAGUUAGCUUCUGUAUCUAAAAUUGUACCUGGGCAAAGAACUGCUGUGUUCCAGCGUUACCUUCGCCCAGAGAAAGAUUACUUAUCCUUUUCUCUCUUAUACAACGGAAAAAAGAAGUCUCUUGACUUGAUUUGUAAGAACAAGGUUGAGGCUGAAGCUUGGAUUGGAGGCCUUAGAACAUUAAUAUCUACAGGGCAAGGCGGGCGCUCUAAGAUUGAUGGCUGGAGUGGUGGAAACAUUUCAGUUGAUGCCAGCAGAGACGUGACAUCGAUCAGUCCGAGCAGCAGUUCUGCUAGCGCUUCACUGAGUCACAGCUCUCCAGGGACUCCGUUUAGUUUUGAUCCAAUUGUUUCUCCUAAGAGUGAGGUUCCUUCAACUGAUUCAGAGAAAUCACAUGUUUUAUUAGACACCAAAAGUAUGCAAACUAAGGUAUCUGGUUCAGAUGGGUUUCGAGUUAGUGUCUCUAGUGCUCAAAGUAGUUCUAGUCACGGUUCUGCAGGAGAUGACGCUGAUGCUCUAGGGGAUGUAUACAUUUGGGGUGAGGUUAUAUGUGACAAUGUCGUCAAGGUAGGGCUUGAUAAGAACGCAAGUUAUGUGACCACGAGAACAGAUGUCCUUGUGCCGAAGCCUUUGGAGUCAAAUAUUGUCCUGGAUGUUCAUCAGAUUGCAUGUGGUGUUAGGCACGCUGCGUUUGUGACAAGGCAAGGUGAGAUUUUCACUUGGGGUGAAGAAUCUGGAGGAAGACUAGGUCAUGGUAUUGGGAAAGAUGUGUUCCACCCUCGUCUUGUUGAAUCUCUCACGGCUAAUGCAUCUGUUGACUUCGUUGCUUGUGGAGAGUUUCACACUUGUGCUGUUACUCUAGCCGGAGAGCUUUAUACAUGGGGUGAUGGUACACAUAACGUUGGUCUUCUAGGGCAUGGCUCUGCUAUUAGUCACUGGAUACCAAAGAGAAUCGCUGGUCCUCUGGAAGGACUCCAUGUGGCUUCGGUUUCUUGUGGACCUUGGCAUACGGCUCUGAUCACAUCAUAUGGGAGGCUGUUUACAUUUGGAGAUGGAACGUUUGGUGUGUUAGGGCAUGGUGAUAAGGAGACAGUUCAGUAUCCAAGGGAGAUUGAGUCUUUAUCAGGACUUAGAACGAUUGCGGUUUCAUGCGGGGUUUGGCACACAGCUGCUGUUGUUGAGAUCAUUGUCACACAAUCAAACUCAAGUUCUGUAUCGUCUGGGAAACUGUUCACAUGGGGUGAUGGAGAUAAAAACCGUCUAGGACACGGUGACAAGGAAGCUAGGCUUAAACCAACAUGUGUCCCUGCGUUAAUUGAUUACAACUUUCACAGGAUUGCAUGUGGACAUAGUUUAACAGUCGGUUUGACCACUUCUGGACAAGUCUUCACGAUGGGGAGUACUGUUUACGGUCAGCUCGGGAACUUACAGACAGAUGGUAAGUUACCGUUUUUGGUAGAGGACAAGCUAGCAAGUGAGUUUGUGGAAGAGAUCUCUUGCGGUGCAUAUCACGUGGCGGCUUUAACAUCUAGAAACGAAGUUUACACAUGGGGUAAAGGAGCCAAUGGGAGAUUAGGACAUGGUGAUUUGGAAGAUAGAAAAGUACCAACUCUUGUGGAAGCUCUAAAGGACAGACAUGUCAAGUACAUUGCUUGCGGAUCAAACUACACUGCAGCGAUAUGUCUACACAAAUGGGUCUCUGGUGCUGAGCAGUCUCAGUGUUCAGCCUGUAGACUUGCUUUUGGUUUUACACGGAAGAGACAUAACUGUUACAACUGUGGACUUGUCCACUGCCAUUCAUGUAGUUCCAAAAAGGCAUUCAGAGCUGCAUUGGCUCCAAGUGCUGGAAGGUUGUAUCGUGUCUGCGACUCUUGUUAUGUUAAGCUGAGCAAAGUGGCUGAGAUAAGUGAUACGAACAGAAGGAACAGCGUUGUGCCUCGUCUCUCAGGAGAGAACAAGGAUAAAUUGGAUAAAUCUGAGAUAAGAUUAGCUAAGUUUGGUACAUCUAAUGUGGAUUUGAUCAAGCAAUUGGAUAGCAAAGCUGCUAAACAAGGAAAGAAGAGCGAUAACUUUGCGCUCGGACGCAACUCUCAGCUUCCUUCUUUGAUGCAACUGAAAGAUGCAGUGCAGUCUAAUAUAGGAAGGUCUACUCCAAAGCUAGCUCAGCCUCCAUCAGUUAUUAGCUCCAGGUCGGUUUCACCAUUCUCUAGGAGGUCUAGUCCUCCUCGCUCUGCUACUCCUAUGCCUUCAACUUCUGGAAUCUAUUUCCCAGUGGGUGGAGCAGAUAAUAUGAAGAAAACUAAUGAGAUACUGAAUCAGGAGAUUAUUAAGUUACGAACACAGGUUGAUAGUCUGACUCAAAAGUGUGAACUCCAAGAAGUAGAGCUCAAGAACGCAAUGAAGAAGACUCAGGAAGCCUUAGCAUUGGCAGAGGAGGAGUCUGCUAAAUCAAGAGCUGCAAAAGAGGCAAUAAAGUCACUCAUAGCGCAGCUCAAGGAAGUAGCUGAGAAGUUGCCUCCUGGUGAGACCAUCAAACUGGCCUGCCUACAAAACGGUUUCAAUUUCCCUGAAGAAAAUGGUUUCCUUCAUUCAAGAUCAGAGUCCAUGACUUCCUCUAUAUCUUCAGCUGCUCCUUCUGACUUCGCCUUUGCAAACACUUCUUGGUCCAAUCUCCAAUCACCAAAGCACACUCCUAGAGCCACCGAAAGAAACAACGGUUAUCCAGCAGAUCCGCGGCUUAGCAGCAGCGGUUCAGUAAUCAGUGAGAGACACGAGCCUUUCCAGUUCCAAAACGACAAUGGUUCGAGCCACACAGGAGCUGUUAACAGUACUAAUGAUGUAGAAGCAGAGUGGAUCGAACAGUAUGAGCCUGGUGUGUAUAUAACUCUUGUGGCACUCCAUGAUGGAACUAGAGAGCUUAGAAGAGUCCGCUUCAGCCGGAGAAGAUUUGGAGAACAUCAAGCAGAGACAUGGUGGUCAGAGAAUCGAGAAAAAGUGUAUGAGAAAUAUAAUGUGAGAGUGUCUGAAAAACCAACAGCUUCUCAAACACAUAGAGACGAAGAAGAUGUUCCUCACUAGGUUUGUAUGGUUUUGCACCAUAAGUUUUAGUUUCUUUGCUUUUUUGUCCCGAAACUCUUCAUUUGUUCAACUUAACCCUUCUUCUCCUUCAUGUCUGUAGAUGUAAUGUUGUAUAUAUAAACAAGACCAUAUGUGCUUUAGCAACAAAAACAAAACUAUAUUAACAAUCAAUUUAAAAGUGUUGAAGUCUUGUAAUUAACCAAAGUCGUCUUGCUUUUGACUUUUUGAAGUUGAAGUAAUCAUGAUUUUUGUGAUUAACAAACUAAAUGACAACACCAUUUGUUGUCAUUACCUAAUUGUGUGACUAAUAU